CAAAUUGUUGAAGAAUUUGUCCUCUGUGAAGGAGGAAGCUGAAGAGAAGCCUGUGGACAAAGAUUCUGGUGGGAGGCAGUAUCUCUCAGAUAAAGCCAUUUGUGAAUUGAUAGAACAAGCAAAAUUUCUUGAAGCUUGUAAUCACAUUUAUGAUCUGGAACAAUCUGAGCAUAAGAGUGAAAUAAAUAUUGACUCACUUUACAAAAAAGUAGCAGAAAGAAUGUGGUUAGUUGUGCAAGAAGAAAUCAGUGGAGGUGAUAGUAUGUUACUGGAGCCACUGAAAUCAGUAGGUGCAUCACUGAAGUGGGAGAAAGAGAAAGAAAAAGAAUGGUUUGACAGUGUCAAAGACAUGGAAUCUGUUUCAACCUGGAGCCCAAAAUACUGGAAUAAAGAUCUGGAGAAACUGCUAAUGGAGUGCAUGGCAACACAGAUUCCCUCCUUUGUGUCUGCUAGCAACACAGACGAGUCUGCAUUAAAAGAUCAUCUGAGUCAGUUGGAAACCACAAUUUUUCCCAACCUGAGAUGUAAAAGAGAUGUCUUCAAAGAAGCAGGAUUGCUCACUACCUAUACAAAAUGUUGUAAUGCCUGUUUGUCUUCUCACCUUUCCACACUUAUAGACGGUGAUAUGAGCUUCAGCAAAUGUCUUCUCAUUUAUGAAUGGGGCUUUAAUAUGUACAGAAGUGAGAAGCUGCUGAUGCCCCACUGGACUCCACAGCAGAGGCUCUUAGCUGAUGCAUAUGUUCUCAAGUGGAUUUUUUCAAAUGUGGAGGAAAAGCUGCUCACAGUCACCCAGAAGGAAGUGAGAGAAGUGCUCAGACAAGCAGUUACUGCGGGGGAAAAACCCUAUACAGACACUACAAUCAUUCAGGUAUUAACAGGGAGGGCACAGGCAGUCCAGCAUAUCAGUGAUACCAUAAAAGACAAGGUGGAAGCUGUAUGUUUGGAAGAACUUCUGCAUUUUCUGCAUAGCUAUAAACAUGAAGGAAGAAGCCUUCUCCAACUUGACACCUUUUCUGAGCCCUACAGCAAUUUGCAAAUACUUGAGACCUGCUGCAUUUUCAGAUCUGCUUGGCAUAAGCUAACAUACAUCUACAGCGCUAGUGCUGACAUUGAUGCUAAAGUGAAGGAAUUUAUAGACAGUACAGAAGAACAGAGCAGAGAACUUCUUCUGCAGGCAAUUACUUCUAAAGUCAAGGUGGCAUUGAAGGAUCACUUCAGAAAAGAUAAUAGUGAUUUUGACAAAUUUCUAGACUGUUUACGGUCAAGUUUUUCAAGGUUUGAGAUGAAAAAUACAGAGACCUAUGAGCCCCUCAUCCAGACUGUCCAUCACAUCAUUGUCACUGAGUAUGUUCAGGCUCUCCUAACUGCUUCUGGGAAGUCAUCUUCUGCAAAGCGGAGGAAAAUUGCCAACAAAAUUAAAGUGGAUCACCAGGCAAUUCGAACGCUCUUUGAAGAAUGCUUCGGCCCUAGAACUGCUCCACUGGAUGACCCUAUUAAAGGUAUCCUAGAUUUUAUUCUUCUUACUGACAUUGAAGCAAUGAAAAUACAUCUUGUGCUUCUUCUCCACAACUUUCCAGAUAUAAGGAAAGAACUUCUGAAUAUAAUCUUGGACAUCAAGGGAUCUCUCAAUGGGACAGACAGAAAUGCUAUGUUGGAGGUGGUUUAUGAUAAUUGUGUGGGAGUUGAAAGAGGACACCAUUCGUUUUUUGAAGCGAUAGAAAUAAAGACUGGAAAAUAUGGAGUCUGUGGCUGCUGCUUCUGCUGUUAGGAAAGGUCUAAUAUGGAAAGUCAGAAGCCACCCUUCCUGCCUGUGUCACAAAGGCUCCAUCAUCAUCAGGCAACAUCUAAGAUCACAGCUACUUGAAAGUUAGGAGGAAUAGCAAACAGUAUUUGUCUGCUGAAAUAGCCCGUAGGCCAUGCGAGAACAUGUGCCAGAGUGUUCAUGACAAGAAGAUCACAUAAACCCAAACUGUGGUUCCCUGCACAAAGUCCAACUGAAAGGGGGAAUGCACGUGGGUAGUGGGGUAGAAUCCUCCCUGAAACCUGCAGCUAGAUUCUUGCUUAGCUGGGCUAUGGCUUCUAGGGAGAGAAGCACUGGACAGAGCCACAUCUUGCUUUGGUAGGCGAUUGGGUCAGUAAGCCCCUGCCAUUUCCCCACUCCUCCCACAAUGCUCCUUUCCACAGUCCUGCACCGAAAGCCACUAUGUAGCAUGUUCUGCGGCAUGCAGAGAGCUGCGGAACCCUUCUGGCACAUGGUUACCACCUAGCAUCCUGCUCAGCCGGAAGGUGGCAUUUCCACAGCAGUUGGGGCCUUGUGCGCCCACAGAGGGGAAGCAGGAUGUGGCACUUAGCUUUUGUGUCCCAUUCAGUUGCUUAAAUGGAAAGCCAUACUAGUAGCACAGAAUUUACCUCAAUCCCUAGUAGGCCAUUGCAAUGGAUUGUGGACAUAGUGCAAUUAGUAUCUUUGUUUUUAUAACUGGCUUCAGAGCUGAGUUUGGCUUUCCAUCCAUAUAACUCAGUUUACUGAAAAUUUCCCCUGCUGUAAAGCUCUAAUUUCUUUAACGUGGGAAUUUUUGCUGUGGAAAUCUCAUGUGCAGUGGACAGUUAAAAUAGCUGUUUCCGCUAAUCCUCUGGGUCGGUGUGAACUGCUUUCAGAUGUGACUAGACAAGAAGUACAGUAUGGGAAAAUAAUAGCCCUUCUUUUUGCCCAGGUAUAGGCUGGUCAUAAUCUCAGAGCUGGAUUUGGUUCAAGGCCUCAUUUGCUAUUGUGUUAAUAUAGGUCACUGCCAUUCUGGUGCUCUCUGACAAAUGUAAACAAAUUAGCCGUGCAGAAAAGAACUGCUAUAUCAGACACUCUUCAACUCUCGUAGGCAGCCAUUCUGCAUCAGCGACAGCUUCCUCAAACAUGGUCUUUCACCCCUGUUUUGUUGGCAGUUCAGUGUGCUCAUGAUUCAUUAGCAACGGAACAAGAGAAGCAAGUUGGUUGGUUUUUGUGUGUAUGAAAAACGUGUAAUCAAGCUGCCCUAUGAGAUGUUUGGGGGAAAGUCCCCUAAAUCCAAAUGAAAUUUUAAAAGGUGU